CCCCCUCUCUCUCUCUCUCUCUCUCUCUGUCUGUUCAAUACAUACAACCAAAUAAGAAGAUAAAUCUUUUCUUUGUGUUUACUGAAAAGAGAGACAAAAUGGGUGCUCUGGAUUUUCUCUCAGACUAUUUCACUAUUACCACCCGAAGGAAGAAACGCAAAGCAAUGCAGACAGUUGAAAUCAAGGUGAAAAUGGACUGUGAUGGCUGUGAAAGGAGAGUCAAAAAUUCAGUUUCCAGCAUGAAAGGCGCGAAAUCUGUGGUGGUGAACCGAAAGCAAAGCCGGGUAACAGUAACUGGGUUCGUGGAGCCAAACAAGGUAUUAAAUAAGGUGAAGAGCACUGGAAAGAAGGCUGAGUUUUGGCCGUACGUGCCAUAUAACUUGGUGGCAUACCCCUACGUGGCUCAGGCAUAUGACAAGAAAGCGCCAGCUGGGUACGUGAAAAAUGUUGUCCAAGCCCUGCCUAGCCCAAAUGCACCAGACGAGAAGCUCACCACCCUCUUCAGUGAUGAAAAUCCCAAUGCAUGUUCGAUCAUGUAAGCAAUUUUCACGGAAGAAGGGGCGGAAAUUACACUCUUUUUUUUUUUUUUGGAGACAUAAGUGAAUUAUAUGAACCAAUAAUUAUAUGAGUUAGUGUACUUUGAGUUUGUAUGGAGGAAAGUUUUGAUUGUGUUUCGGUUGUAGAUGUUCUUUAAGAAGUUGUAUGUAUAUAUCACUCUAGACUCGUACUUCUUCUUACCUAAUGAAAAGUUGUCGUUCUACUUUUGU